AUGGCGCAAGAAGAGGUGAACAGCUCAACAUUCCGCACUGCGCCCACUUCGUGGGCAGCGCACAAUUUUAACAUGCCGGCGCUCUCUCCGACGAUGACGGAAGGCAAUAUCGCGACGUGGCGAGUGAAGGAGGGAGAUUCAUUCUCCGCGGGAGACGUUCUGCUUGAGAUUGAAACAGACAAGGCGCAGAUGGACGUUGAGGCACAGGAUGACGGUGUUCUGGCCAAAAUAAUACAAGGAGAUGGCUCCAAAUCCGUCCAGGUUGGCACAAGGAUAGCCAUCACCGCAGAGCCCGGCGACGACCUCAGCUCGCUCGAACUCCCUCCUGAAGACAGCGCUGCGCCAAAGGAGAGCCCCGCGGCGAAGGAGGCCCCCAAGCAAUCUUCUCCCAUACCUAAAGAGGAACGGACCGCCGCAGAAGCCCCCAGACCGCCCGCGCAACCGACGAAGAAUGGCGGAGGUGGAAAAGCUCAGAAGCAGACUUACCCCCUGUAUCCUUCUGUUGAGCACCUUCUGAAAGAGAACGGCUUGAGCAAGGACGAUGCAGACAAGAUCCCCGCCACGGGACCGAAUGGUAGGCUGCUGAAAGGAGAUGUCCUCGCUUUUCUUGGCCGCAUAGAGCAGUCCUAUGCUGCCGAACAGUCUGAACGGAUAAAGAAGCUCGCUCAUCUUGACCUGUCGAACAUCAAGAUGGCUGCACCCAAACCAGCCCCAGCCAAAGAAGCAAAGGUGGUUGAAGAGACACCUGCCAUAGUUGAGGAACCGCCAGUCGCGAUAACUCUUCCGGUGUCUUUCAAGGCUGUAAUAGAAUGUCAGAAACGCGUCCAGGAAUCCCUUGGUGUCUUCUUGCCCAUCUCCACUUUUAUUGCUCGGGCUACGGAGCUUGCCAAUGAGGAUUUGCCCAAGUCGAAGACAGCUAAACCAACAGCGGAUGAACUGUUUAAUGCGGUCCUGGGCCUGGACAAGGUGGCAGGGAGGAAGUAUACUCGAGGUCAUUUCGCUCCCCAACUCACUGGCUUGAUUCCGACUCCAUCGGCGCCAACCAGACCAUCUCCUGCUCGCAAAUCGGAUAUCCUCGAUAUACUCAGUGGAAAGAAACCCACAGCAACCUCCAGGAAGGCACCUGCCAUCACAGAGCGAGUAUCUGUGGAACCUGUGAACGUUUUCACCGUUACCGUUCCAAAGGGCGAUGAACGUCAAGGCCAUGUCUUCCUUCAGCGCUUGAAGACUAUCCUGGAAGUAGAGCCGGGACGUUUGGUUGUAUGAGGGCAGUGUCUUGAUUUUCGCUUCGACGUCCAAUGUUACCCGUUGGCCGGGGUCUGCAAGGCGCAACGGAGUCCAAGUCUAGAUUCUAAUUGAUAAGUGCAUUCCCUUCAUUUCUACAUACCAUUCAACUAUCACUAGCUCUUUGACGUUU